AGGAAAGGAAGCAAAGCGGGAGGAGGAGGAGGAGGAUGAUGAUGAAGGGCACGGCGAGCACGGCGUCCCGCAGCACUUUGCGGAAGAUUUUAAAGAAGCACAAGCCGCAGUUACGCCUGGCGACAAACGCCGACCUGCUGGUUCAUUUGAAUUUCUUAUUGUUUCUCCAUCGGCUAGCAGAAGAAGCCAGGACAAAUGCUUUUGAGAACAAAAGUAAAGUAAUAAAACCUGAGCACACCAUAUCUGCAGCAAAGGUUAUUUUAAAGAAAAGCAGAGGCUAGAAAACAGACCACUGGAAUUUUAAAACACAUUUUUCAGUCUUUUCUGACUGACUUGAUUUAUACUGCGAGCCAGCUUUAGCCUUUGUGGAACCAUGUGGUUUUGUUGACAUCUAUCUCCUGACUGACUAUCUUGCUGUUUCUUAAAAAAAAAUUAAAAAAUCUUAGAAUGUAUAUUUUCAUACAUUUCAUGCUAAUUUUAUGUGUGUCACUUGUCAUUUAAUCUUUUGAUGUACUUUUUUUCAUAAUGAUGGAGGAAUGCUUGUACCAUAGAUACCCUUUGGGUACAAUGUGGCAUUUAUUAUUAAAAGUAUGAAACUUCUUAAGGGGAACUGUUGUUAAAAAAAAUAAAAAACAACACAGGUUUCACUGAAUCUAGCAUGAAUUGUGCAGUUCAGAGCAGAUUUACUAGCUAAACAAAAUUAUGGCUUUCAAAACCAUCACUGUAGAAAAAAAGUGUAUUAAAUACCUUGCCUUCAGUUUAUUUAUAAAUGUCUUGAUAAUUUUAAAAUUACUUUGACAAGUACGUUGAAACUUCCGUGUGUGUUCUCAGAAUAUAUAGUUGGUAUUUUAAAUCAUGAUUUGAACUGUGAAGCUGACCUGUUUGAUGUGGUACAUGAGACAACUUGGUGGCCUGUAAUUCGGUUGGAGUGGACAGAUGCACAGGUUAUGGAAAAGGAAAGAUCUGGCACAGCUGAUGUUUUCAAAGUUAGAUCUUGUAAAAAUAACAAAGAUAAGUUGGCAUGAGUGCCAAGCUAUUUCCUUCUCUCUUUUGUGUGUCAUGCUAACUUGUCAAAAGUCUGGAAAUGUACAUUAUAUAAAAAUGUCUUCUUAAAUUAAGGUCAUAUUCUGUUCCUAUUCUGAUAUUUGUAAUAAUUUACUGAACACUUUGCUUAAUAAAUAUAUUAAUGAAAUUAUAGAUUAAUUUUACAGUUUGAGCUGAUAAUGCAGUUUUGUGGAAUAUAUGGUAGCUAAUCCUUGAUAUGUGCAGUGAGCUGCUAUUAAAAUAAAGACUUUUUAAAACUUUUAUGUA